AUGAACAUGAAAGAAAAAAGUUUUGGACCCAGACAGUUUAAGGGGAACCUACAACAACACAAGCAGACCAUUUUGAAGACAGUGUUAUUCCUGGGUUUGAUUUGGCUGUUUUUCUGCUCAUACCAAAGUCAAGGUAGCUCAAUUAGCAAGCCAUCCUCGAAAAAGUUUCAAAAGUUCUUCAAGAAAUACUUUAAUGAACUUGACAAGGCCAUUGUACACGGCGACAAGCUAAUGUUUGGAACCCGUGCCAAUGCGGAGAUGGAAAAUAUAUAUGCUGAUGUCUCUGAAACUGAGCUCAAAGAGUUAGAAGAUUUCAGCCCGGAAAUAAUAAAACAGCUGAAGGUAAACCAUCGAAAAAUAGUUUCUUUCAUUCCUAAAGAGAUCCACGUGGAAGGUUAUUGCGGAUCAGGAUAUGUCACAAUUGGUGGCGGUAAUAAUGAUUAUAAAUCAAUGUUACUGAUAAAACAAUUGAGAGAAACAGGUGCAAAAAAUCCAAUUGAGGUGAUUAUUCCACCGUUUUAUGAACCAAAUUUAAACCUUUGUGAUAAUAUAUUCCCUUCAUACGAUGCCACUUGUGUUUUCAUGAAUGGUAUAUUUGGUAAGAAGAACCUUCAAAAACUUAGAUAUAAUUCAAAGUUGAUUGGAACUCUGGCAAUUAUAGCCUCGUCCUUCGAAAACGCACUCUUUAUUUCACCAGAUACUAUUCCUCUACACAACCCGGACCAUUUGUUCGAAGGUAAAGUUAUCUCUCAGUUUGGACUAAUAGUAUGGCCUUCUGUUUAUCGAACGUCAAUUACACCAUCAUAUUAUGAAAUUUCUGAUAUUCAAGUUGAGAAUAACCCAGUGCGUAUUCUUAACGAUAGAUGGGUAUCACCUGAAGAUAUCCACCAACACCUGCAAGCAAAAGCACAAAGGGAUCACGAGAACACUCAACUAAGUUUCCACGACUUAAAAGGCACUUCUUCCGACUAUGCAGCAACGAGUGACUUGUUGUUAAUAAACAAGAGAAAAAACUUGGAUGUGCUCUUAUUAAUGUUAUACUAUACCAAUGAUGGACCUUCAAGAUACUUCCCCCUUCUGAACGCAGUGUCAUCCAAAGGAAAUGGUGAUUAUAUUGUUGCCGCUGCUCAUUAUUUCAAAAAACCUUAUUAUCAGCUCUUUAAAACAGCAGAUAAGAUUGGAGAAGAAAUUAACAGCCUAACACAAGUAACUUCAAUAACAGGUCAUUAUGAUCCGAAUGAGGACUAUGAACUAUUGAAGGGUAACCUAUUAAGUCUUUUUGAGCAGAGAAGAGAACUGAAAAACGACUUCAAGUAUGACUAUUUUGAAAAGAUUCGGAGGCCUUUUAAUGUCUUUACUUCAACACCACUAUUCUUUCAUGUGGAGGAAACUUUACAUCCCUUUAAAAUGAAAAAUAGUAAGGUUUAUAAAGACAACACAGGAAACCAAAGGAGGAUAUUUGGUAACCAUAUCAAAUUUUAUGGUUGUGAUUUUGAGCUGAAGCUCAUUACUUCCAUAAAUGAACUGCUUUGCGGAGCGGAAUCAACAGAUUUCACUUUUGCUGGGUUUGAGAACGUAGAUGUUUUGUGCUCUGAUUACAUUCAACCGAGAAUGGAGUUCCUGCAAGGAAAUUCGAAGCAAUUCUGGAAUAAAUACGUCUUUGAAAAAAGACCUCCAAAUUCCGUUCCUCAGACCAGCGUCUCGACCAUAGAAAAAGCCAUAAAAGAGGGGUUUGAUAGAGAUGUUGAAUAUCAAAAGGACGAACCAGCCAGACCCUCGAUUCUUUAUCUAUAG